AUGGCACCUGCAAUUUUCUCGGUCGUGCAGAUGUUUGUCAUGCUGGCCCCUGGGACCAUGCCUGUUCGAGAAUAUAACGCUAAGCUCGUGGCCCGAUUCCGACAUAGCUACUGGAGCCCGUACAUAUAUCGACUGACAGUAUCGUUUCAAAAGCUCGCAUACCUGUUUCUCGCCAAUGCAGAUAUUCCGUUGCAAGUAUCUGUCAUCUGCUCGGUGUCAACAAGACAUUUGUAUACAAAACUAUCCGUCUGGCUCGGACUGCCAGCAUUGCAUCUCAAAAUGCAAACAAAGGGCAUCGCGCCUUCGUCGAAAUCCCACCAUGUACUGGACGAGCUAGAGCGUGAAUUACGGGCACGUCGUGGUGUCACCGUAUCUGCACAGACACUUCUCCGCACCCUGCACAUUGGUAGCCACAAGAUUAACUUCCAAGUUCAAACUUUAACUCCUUCAUGA